AGCCCCUUUUCCUCUCACGAGCUAUGUUGACUGGACUGGCAGAUGCCGAGUGGACAGAGGAGCAUGACGCUGUUCUGGAACACUUUGUCCAGGAUCCUGCGGAACCUGCCGUCACCAUCUUCAUUGACCCUAUUUUUGGGUUGAAACUGGAGCUGGGCAUGCCUGUGCAGACUCAGAAUCAGAUUGUGUACUUCAUUCGGCAAGCUCCUGUUCCCAUCACCCCGGAGAACUUUGAGACAACUGUGCAGUUUGGGACAGUGCGGGGCGCCUACAUCCCAGCUUUGCUUCGGCUGCUCAGUGGUGUUUAUGUCCCGCAGAUUUUUAUGAAUACAACUUGGCCUGAGAGCAUCCGAAAUCACUUUGUUUCACAUCUGCAUAGGUUUUUGGCCUGCCUGACAGAUACUCGGUACAAGCUGGAGGGUCACACCGUCCUGUACAUCCCUGCAGAGGCCAUGAACAUGAACCCUGAGGUAGUGGUAAAGGACAAGGAGCUGGUACAGCGCCUGGAGACCUCCAUGAUUCACUGGACCCGGCAGAUCAAGGAGGUGCUGAGUGCUCAGGAGUCUGUGGAGACUGGGGAAAACUUAGGUCCUUUGGAGGAGAUCGAGUUCUGGCACAAUCGCUGCAUGGACCUGUCUGGCAUCAGCAAGCAGCUCGUGAAGCAGGGAGUGAAGCACAUCGAGUCCAUCCUGCGGCUCUCGAAGUCGUCCUACCUGCCACCCUUUAUGAAGCUGGCCCAGCAGAUCCAGGAUGGCUCUCGCCAAGCUCAGUCAAACCUGACUUUCUUGUCAAUCCUGAGGGAGCCCUACCAGGAGCUGGCCUUCAUGAAGCCUAAGGAUAUCUCUGAGAAGCUCCCGAAGCUGAUCAGUCUCAUUCGCAUCAUCUGGGUCAACUCCCCCCACUAUAAUACCCGGGAAAGGCUAACCUCUCUGUUCAGGAAGAUGAGCAACGAAAUUAUCCGCCUAUGCUGCCACUCCAUCUCUCUGGAUCGAAUCUUCGAGGGCUAUGUCUCUUCCAGCAAGGAGGACCUGCAGGGCUGCAUUUCUUGUUGCCACGCUUGGAAAGAUCACUACCUACGUGCCGUACAGAUGCACACCCAGUUCUCCAGCCGGGGCUGGGUUCUAGACCAGACCAGCAUAUUUGCUCAAGUAGAUGCCUUUGUGCAGCGCUGCAAGGACCUCAUUGAGGUUUGCGAAUGUCAGUACCACUUUGCCCGGUGGGAAGAUGGUAAGCAGGGUCCCCUUCCCUGCUUCUUUGGUGCCCAGGGGCCACAGAUCACAAGGAACUUGCUUGAAAUCGAGGACAUCUUUCAUAGAAAUCUGCAGAUGCUGCGAGCCGUUCGUGGAGGCAUCCUAGAUGUUAAGAACACCUCUUGGCAUGAAGACUACAAUAAAUUCCGUGCUGGUGUCAAGGAUCUAGAGGUGAUGACCCAGAACUUGAUCACCUCAGCCUUUGAAAUGGUUCGGGAUGUAGAACACGGAGUGUUGCUCCUGGACACCUUCCAUAGGCUGGCUACACGGGAGGCCAUCAUGCGGACCUAUGAGAAGAAGGCCGUCGACCUCUAUAUGCUGUUUAAUAGCGAGUUAGCCCUGGUGAACCGCGAGCUGAACAAGAAGUGGCCGUACCUGGAGCCGUACAUGGCUCAGUAUUCUGGACAUGCCCACUGGGUGCGGAUCCUGCGGCGACGUAUCGACCGAGUCAUGAAUUGCCUGGCUGGCGCCCAUUUCCUGCCCCACAUUGGGACUGGAGAGGAGAGUGUCCACACCUACCAGCAGAUGGUUCAAGCCAUUGAUGAGCUGGUUCGGAAAACCUUCCAAGAGUGGACAACAACGCUGGACAAGGACUGCAUUCGACGGCUGGACAUGCCACUCUUACGAAUUAGCCAGGAGAAAGUGGGCAUGCUGGACGUCAACUUUGACAAGACGCUCCUGGUUCUCUUUGUGGAGAUUGACUACUGGGAGCGGCUGCUGUUUGAGACGCCCCACUAUGUGAUGAAUGUGGCUGAACGCGCCGAGGACCUGCGGAUUCUCCGGGAGAACCUGCUCCUCGUUGCUCGAGACUACAAUAGGAUUAUAGCCAUGCUGUCCCCAGAUGAGCAGGCCCUGUUCAAAGAGCGGAUCCGAUUCCUGGAUAAGAAGAUCCACCCAGGCCUGAAGAAGCUGCAUUGGGCCCUAAAGGGGGCCAGCGCCUUCUUCAUCACGGAGUGCCGCAUACACGCCAGCAAGGUGCAGAUGAUCGUGAAUGACUUCAAGGCCUCCACUCUGACCAUUGGCUGGAAGGCCCAGGAGAUGUCAGAGAUGCUCCUGGUGCGUAUCACCGGCAAACGGGUGUACAGAGACCUGGAAUUUGAGGAGGCCCAGAGGGAACAUCGGAUGGCCGUGCAGCAGAAACUGGUGAACCUGCACCAGGAUGUGGUGAACAUCAUGACCAACUCCUAUGAAGUGUUCAAGAACGAUGGUCCUGAGAUACAGCAACAGUGGCUGCUCUACACGAUACGGUUGGAUCACAUGAUGGAGGAUGCCCUGCGCAUGAACGUGAAGUGGUCCCUGCUGGAACUCUCCAAGGCCAUCAAUGGGGACGGGAAGACCACUCCAAACCCACUUUUCCGAGUCCUUGUCAUCUUACAGGAUGACAUACCAGGAGGUGUGGCACAGGUGGAAUUCUCCCCCACGCUGCAGACUCUGGCGAGUGUGGUCAAUGAUAUCGCCAGCCACCUAUUCUCCACCAUCUCCGUCUUCCGCCACCUCCCUGAUAUCCUCAUCAAACGAAAGGUGACUCGGGAGCCCAUCCAUGUGAUUGUAGAGCGCGAUGAGGACAUCAAGAAGAUCCAGGCCCAGAUCAGCAGUGGGAUGACUAACAAUGCAAGCUUGCUGCAGAAUUACCUCAAGACCUGGGACAUGUAUCGGGAGAUCUGGGAGAUCAACAAGGACUCCUUCAUCCGUCGCUACCAGCGUCUCAACCCCCCUGUCUCUUCCUUUGAUGCUGACAUUGCCCGCUACACAGAGGUGGCUAACAACGUCCAAAAGGAGGAGACGGUCCUCAACGUUCAGUUCGUUCUGCUGGACUGUUCACACCUCAAGUUCUCGUUGGUGCAGCACUGCAACGAGUGGCAGAAUAAGUUCACCACCCUGCUCAAGGAGAUGGCCGCCGGGCGCCUGAUGGAUCUGCACACCUAUCUGAAAGACAACGCCGAGAAAAUCAGUCGCCCUCCCCAAACGCUGGAGGAACUAGGGGUCAGUAUGCAGCUCAUGGACACCCUGCAGCAUGACUUACCCAGCCUGGAGACUCAGAUCCCUCCCAUCCACGAGCAGUUUACCAUUCUAGAAAAGUACGAGGUGUCGGUUCCAGACAAUGUCCUGGAGAUGCUGGACAGUCUCAGUGGGGAGUGGAUCACCUUCCAACAAAUACUGCUGGACAGUGAGCAGAUGCUGAAGAGACACAAGGAGAAGUUCAAGACAGGCCUUAUUCACGCGGCUGACGACUUCAAGAAGAAGGCACACAACCUUCUAGAAGAUUUUGAGGUCAAAGGGCCCUUUACCAGCAACGUGGGCUACACAGCUGCACUGGAUCAGAUCGCACAGGUGCGCGCCAUGCUGAUGGCCAUGCGGGAUGAGGAGAACAACCUCCGUUCCAACCUGGGCAUCUUCAAGAUUGAGCAGCCAAUCUCCAAGGACCUCCAGAACCUGGAGAAGGAGCUUGAUGCCCUCCAGCAAGUGUGGGAGAUCACUCGGGACUGGGAGGAGAGCUGGAACCAGUGGAAGACGGGCUGCUUCCUCACCCUGCAGACCGAGGCUAUGGAGUCCACGGCCCAUGGGCUGUUUCGCCGCCUCACAAGACUAGCCAAAGAGUAUAAGGACCGAAACUGGGAAAUUAUCGAAACCACUCGCUCCAAAAUAGAGCAGUUCAAGAGGACCAUGCCCCUCAUCUCAGACCUGCGGAACCCCGCCCUCAGAGAGAGGCACUGGGACCAGGUCAAAGAUGAAGUCCAGCGGGAGUUUGAUCAGGAGUCGGAAAGCUUCACCUUGGAACAGAUCGUGCAGCUCGGAAUGGACCAGCACGUGGAGAAAAUCGCAGAGAUCUCUGCUUCGGCCACCAAAGAGCUGGCCAUAGAAGUGGGCUUACAAAACAUUGCCAAAACCUGGGAUGUGACGCAACUAGACAUAGUACCCUACAAGGACAAGGGCCAUCACCGGCUCAGGGGCACAGAAGAAGUGUUCCAGGCCCUGGAAGACAACCAGGUGGCUCUGUCGACCAUGAAGGCCUCUCGAUUCGUGAAGGCCUUUGAGAAGGAUGUGGACCACUGGGAGCGCUGCCUCUCCCUCAUUCUGGAAGUUAUUGAGAUGGUGCUCACGGUGCAGAGACAGUGGAUGUACCUGGAGAAUAUCUUCCUUGGAGAGGACAUCCGAAAGCAGCUGCCCAAUGAGUCAGCCCUGUUUGACCAGGUCAACAACAACUGGAAAGCCAUCAUGGACCGGAUGAACAAAGACAAUAACGCUCUCCGGAGCACCCACUACCCAGACCUCUUGGAGACACUGAUAGGAAUGAACACAAUCCUGGAGGACAUCCAGAAGUCUCUGGACAUGUACUUAGAGACCAAGCGACAUAUGUUCCCUCGCUUCUACUUCCUGUCCAACGAUGACCUGCUGGAGAUUCUGGGCCAGUCCCGUAACCCGGAGGCUGUGCAGCCGCACCUCAAAAAAUGCUUCGACAACAUCAAACUGCUGAGAAUCCAAAAGGUCGGGAGCUCCAGCAGCAAAUGGGAAGCAGUGGGAAUGUUCUCAGGUGAUGGCGAAUACAUCGAUUUCCUCCACCCAGUACUUCUAGAAGGCCCUGUGGAGUCCUGGCUUGGUGAUGUGGAACGGGCCAUGAGGAUGACCCUGCGGGAUUUGCUUCGGAACUGCCGAGUAGCCCUCAAGAAGUUCCUCAACAAGAGGGACAAAUGGGUGAAGGAGUGGGCUGGCCAGGUGGUGAUUGCCGCUAGUCAGAUCCAGUGGACGGCUGACGUCACCAAGUGCCUGAUGACAGCUAAGGAGCGGUCAGACAAGAAAAUUCUCAAGGUCAUGAAGAAGAAGCAGGUGUCAAUACUAAAUAAGUACUCAGAAGCCAUCAGGGGGACCUUAACCAAGAUCAUGAGGCUUAAGAUUGUGGCUCUGGUGACGAUAGAAAUCCAUGCUCGCGAUGUGCUGGAGAAACUGUACAAGAGCGGCCUCAUGGACGUCAAUGCUUUUGACUGGCUCAGCCAGCUUCGCUUCUACUGGGAGAAGGAUGUUGAUGACUGUAUAAUCCGCCAGACCAACACACAGUUCCAGUAUGGUUAUGAGUACCUGGGGAACUCUGGCCGGCUGGUCAUCACUCCCCUGACAGACAGAUGUUACAUGACAUUGACCACGGCACUGCAUCUUCAUCGAGGGGGGUCCCCCAAAGGUCCAGCAGGCACUGGAAAGACAGAAACGGUCAAAGACCUGGGUAAAGCCCUGGGUAUAUAUGUCAUCGUUGUCAACUGCUCCGAGGGCCUGGACUAUAAGUCCAUGGGCAGGAUGUACUCAGGACUGGCCCAGACUGGAGCCUGGGGCUGCUUUGAUGAAUUUAACCGCAUCAAUAUCGAGGUGCUGUCUGUGGUGGCCCAGCAGAUCCUGUCCAUCCUCUCCGCCUUGGCUGCCAACCUCACCCGCUUCCAUUUUGAGGGCUUUGAAAUAAACCUGGUGUGGUCUUGUGGGAUCUUCAUCACCAUGAAUCCUGGCUAUGCUGGCCGCACAGAGCUUCCAGAAAACCUAAAGUCCAUGUUCCGCCCAAUCGCCAUGGUGGUGCCCGAUUCUACACUUAUUGCCGAAAUCAUCCUCUUUGGGGAGGGCUUUGGCAACUGUAAGAUCCUGGCCAAGAAGGUGUACACCCUGUACUCACUGGCCGUGCAGCAGCUCUCGCGACAGGAUCACUACGACUUCGGCCUGCGUGCCCUCACCUCCCUCCUACGCUAUGCUGGGAAGAAGCGCCGCCUGCAGCCGGAUCUGUCUGAUGAAGAGGUUCUGCUGCUCUCCAUGAGGGACAUGAAUAUCGCCAAGCUGACCUCGGUGGAUGUUCCGUUGUUCAAUGCCAUUGUGCAGGACCUUUUCCCCAACACUGAACUGCCAGUCAUAGACUACGGCAAGCUGCGGGACACCAUUGAGCAGGAGAUCCGAGAAAUGGGCCUGCAGAUCACACAGUUUACCCUCACCAAGGUUUUGCAGUUGUAUGAAACCAAGAACUCCCGCCACUCCACCAUGAUUGUGGGUGGCACUGGCAGUAGCAAGACCACCUCCUGGAAAAUCCUGCAGGCCUCGCUGACGUCCCUGUGCCGUGCUGGAGAUCCCAACUUCAACGUUGUUAGAGAGUUCCCUUUGAACCCGAAGGCACUGUCCUUAGGGGAACUGUAUGGAGAAUAUGACCUCAGCACCAAUGAAUGGACAGAUGGCAUCUUGUCCAGUGUCAUGCGGGCCGCAUGUGCAGAUGAGAAGCCAGAUGAGAAAUGGAUCCUUUUCGAUGGCCCUGUGGACACACUGUGGAUCGAGAGCAUGAACUCUGUCAUGGACGACAAUAAAGUGCUGACCCUCAUCAAUGGAGAGCGCAUCUCAAUGCCGGAGCAGGUAUCUCUCUUGUUUGAAGUAGAGAACCUGGCUGUGGCCUCUCCAGCCACGGUGUCUCGCUGUGGGAUGGUCUACACUGACUAUGUUGACCUGGGCUGGAAGCCGUAUGUUCAGUCAUGGCUGGACAAGCGGCCAAAGACGGAAGUAGAGCCCCUUCAGCGCAUGUUUGAAAAGUUCAUCAACAAGAUUCUGAACUUCAAAAAGGAUAACUGCAAUGAGCUCGUGCCGGUCCCCGAGUACAGCGGCAUCAUCUCCCUCUGUAAGCUCUACUCCGUCCUGGCCACACCAGAGAACGGGUUGAACCCAGCCGACACUGAUAACUAUGCCUUUAUGGUGGAGAUGACGUUUGUGUUCAGCAUGAUCUGGUCUGUGUGUGCCUCUGUGGAUGAGGAUGGUCGCAAGAAGAUUGACAGUUACCUUCGGGAAAUCGAGGGCUCUUUUCCCAAUAAGGAUACAGUAUAUGAAUACUUCGUGAACCCCAAGAUGCGGACUUGGACAUCAUUUGAGGAGAAGCUCCCAAAGAGUUGGCGUUAUCCUCCAAACGCACCUUUCUAUAAGAUCAUGGUACCUACUGUCGAUACCGUCCGAUACAACUAUCUAGUCAGCACCUUGGUGGCCAACCAGAAUCCGGUCUUGCUGGUGGGUCCUGUAGGAACUGGAAAGACCUCCAUAGCCCAGAGUGUUCUGCAGUCCUUGCCCUCCAGCCAGUGGUCAGUGCUCAUUGUCAACAUGUCUGCACAGACUACAUCGAACAACGUGCAGAGCAUCAUCGAGAGCAGAGUGGAGAAGCGAACCAAGGGUGUGUAUGUGCCAUUCGGGGGCAAAAGCAUGAUCACCUUUAUGGAUGACCUAAACAUGCCUGCUAAGGACAUGUUUGGGUCCCAGCCACCCCUGGAGCUGAUACGCCUCUGGAUUGACUAUGGCUUCUGGUAUGAUCGCCUGAAGCAGAGCAUCAAGCACAUUCGUGACAUGUUCCUGAUGGCCGCCAUGGGCCCUCCAGGGGGUGGACGGACUGUCAUCUCCCCGAGGCUGCAGAGCAGAUUCAACAUUAUCAACAUGACCUUCCCCACUGAAUCGCAGAUCAUCCGCAUAUUUGGCACCAUGAUCAACCAGAAGCUUCAGGACUUUGAGGAGGAGGUAAAGCCCAUCGGGAACGUGGUGACAGAGGCCACUUUGGAUGUGUACAACACGGUGGUGCAGCGCUUCCUGCCCACUCCCGCUAAGAUCCAUUACCUCUUCAACCUCCGGGACAUCUCCAAGGUUUUCCAGGGCAUGCUUAGAGCGAACAAGGACUUCCAUGAUACCAAGUCCAGCAUCACCAGACUCUGGAUCCAUGAGUGUUUCAGAGUCUUCUCAGACAGACUGGUUGAUGCAACGGACAUGGAAGCCUUCGUGGGCAUCUUAAGUGACAAACUCGGCACCUUCUUUGACCUCACAUUUCAUAAUCUCUGCCCCAACAAACGUUCUCCUAUCUUUGGGGACUUCAUGAAGGAGCCCAAGGUCUAUGAAGACCUGGUAGAUCUGACGGUCUUGAAGGCAGCCAUGGAAACGGCCCUAAAUGAGUACAAUCUUUCCCCCUCUGUUGUGCCAAUGCAGCUGGUGCUCUUCCGAGAGGCCAUUGAACACAUCACGCGGAUUGUGCGGGUAAUUGGACAGCCUCGAGGCAACAUGCUCUUGGUGGGGAUUGGGGGCAGUGGACGGCAGAGUCUGGCCCGCUUGGCCUCUUCCAUCUGCGAGUACAACACGUUCCAGAUCGAGGUCACCAAACACUAUCGCAAACAGGAGUUCCGAGAAGAUAUCAAGCGCCUGUAUCGCCAGGCGGGGGUGGAGCUCAAGACCACGUCCUUCCUUUUUGUGGACACCCAAAUAGCUGAUGAAUCCUUCCUAGAAGACAUCAACAACAUCCUUAGCUCAGGAGAAGUCCCCAAUCUCUACAAAUCUGACGAAUUUGAAGAGAUCCAGAGCCAGAUCAUAGACCAGGCCCGGGCAGAGCAGAUAUCAGAAUCCUCCGACAGCCUCUUCGCCUACCUCAUUGAGCGCGUGCGGAACAACCUGCACAUCGUGCUGUGCCUAAGCCCAGUGGGAGACCCCUUCAGGAACUGGAUUCGUCAGUACCCAGCCCUGGUGAACUGCACGACCAUCAACUGGUUCUCAGAGUGGCCCCGGGAGGCCUUGUUAGAGGUGGCUGAGAAAUACCUGAUAGGCGUGGACUUGGGGACACAGGAGAAUAUCCACAGGAAAGUGGCCCAGAUCUUUGUCACCAUGCACUGGUCUGUGGCUCAGUAUUCCCAGAAGAUGCUGUUGGAACUGCGGAGACACAACUAUGUCACACCCACAAACUACCUGGAGCUCGUGUCUGGGUAUAAAAAGCUUCUCGGAGAAAAACGGCAGGAGCUGCUGGACCAAGCCAAUAAGCUGCGGACUGGAUUAUUUAAGAUCGAUGAAACCAGAGAAAAAGUAGAAGUGAUGUCCCUGGAGCUGGAGGAUGCCAAGAAAAAGGUGGCCGAGUUCCAGAAACAGUGCGAAGAGUACCUGGUCAUCAUAGUGCAGCAGAAGCGGGAAGCGGACGAGCAGCAGAAGGCAGUCACUGCCAACAGUGAGAAGAUUGCUAUUGAGGAAGUCAAGUGUCAGGCACUGGCAGACAAUGCCCAGAAGGAUCUAGAGGAGGCAUUGCCUGCCCUUGAAGAAGCCAUGCGGGCUUUGGAGUCUCUGAACAAGAAGGAUAUAGGUGAAAUCAAGUCGUAUGGAAGACCCCCUGCCCAGGUGGAGAUGGUAAUGCAGGCAGUCAUGAUUCUCCGAGGCAAUGAGCCCACGUGGGCAGAGGCAAAGCGGCAGUUAGGCGAACAGAAUUUCAUCAAGUCGCUGAUCAACUUUGACAAAGACAACAUCUCAGAUAAGGUGCUGAAGAAGAUUGGUGCCUACUGUGCCCAGCCUGACUUCCAGCCUGAUAUUAUCGGCAGAGUCUCCCUGGCUGCUAAAUCCCUCUGCAUGUGGGUGCGGGCCAUGGAGUUGUAUGGGCGUCUGUACCGAGUGGUUGAGCCCAAGAGGAUCCGCAUGAAUGCCGCCCUGGCCCAGCUUCAGGAGAAGCAAGCAGCCUUAGCGGAGGCCCAGGAAAAGCUGCGGGAGGUGGCAGAGAAACUGGAGAUGCUGAAGAAGCAAUACGAUGAAAAGCUGGCACAGAAGGAGGAGCUUCGCAAGAAAUCUGAAGAGAUGGAGCUGAAACUGGAGCGAGCAGGAAUGUUGGUGUCUGGGCUGGCUGGUGAAAAGGCCCGAUGGGAGGAGACCGUGCAGGGCCUGGAGGAGGAUCUGGGCUACCUGGUGGGUGACUGUCUGCUGGCAGCUGCCUUCUUGUCCUACAUGGGGCCUUUUCUGACCAACUACCGGGAUGAGAUUGUCAAUCACAUCUGGAUCAGGAAGAUCCGAGAGCUUCAGGUUCCCUGUUCACCUCGCUUUGCCAUUGAUAGCUUUCUGUCCAAUCCUACCAAAGUUCGGGACUGGAACAUCCAGGGAUUACCCUCCGAUGCCUUCUCCACUGAGAAUGGCAUCAUCGUCACCAGGGGCAAUAGGUGGGCCCUCAUGAUUGAUCCUCAGGCCCAAGCCCUCAAGUGGAUUAAGAACAUGGAAGGAAACCAGGGCCUUAAGGUCAUCGACCUGCAGAUGCACGAUUACCUCCGAAUUCUAGAAAACGCCAUCCAGUUUGGAUUUCCAGUGCUACUUCAGAAUGUGCAGGAGUAUCUGGACCCCACCCUCAACCCAGUGCUCAACAGAUCUGUAGCUCGAAUUGGUGGUCGGCUGUUGAUGCGCAUUGGUGACAAGGAGGUGGAAUACAAUCCCAAUUUCCGUUUCUACCUCACCACCAAGCUCUCCAACCCCCACUACAGCCCAGAGACCUCAGCUAAGACCACCAUUGUCAACUUCGCUGUUAAGGAACAGGGCCUGGAAGCCCAACUGCUGGGCAUUGUGGUUCGGAAGGAGCGUCCCGAGCUGGAGGAGCAGAAGGAUUCGCUGGUCAUCAACAUUGCCGCUGGGAAGAGAAAGCUCAAGGAGCUGGAGGAUGAGAUCCUCCGUUUGUUGAAUGAGGCCACAGGUUCUCUACUAGAUGACGUGCAGCUGGUGAACACCCUUCAGACAUCCAAGAUAACAGCCACCGAGGUCACUGAGCAACUGGAGACCAGUGAGACCACAGAGAUCAACAUUGACUUGGCCAGAGAGGCUUACCGUCCGUGUGCACAGCGGGCUUCAGUGCUGUUCUUCGUGCUCAAUGAUAUGGGCCGCAUUGACCCCAUGUACCAGUUCUCGCUGGAUGCCUACAUCAGCCUCUUUAUCCUCAGCAUUGACAAGAGCCAUCGUAGCAAUAAGCUGGAGGACCGCAUCGAGUAUCUGAAUGACUACCACACCUAUGCUGUCUACAGGUACACCUGCCGGACCCUUUUCGAGCGCCACAAACUACUGUUCAGUUUUCACAUGUGUGCCAAAAUCCUGGAGACGUCUGGCAAGCUCAACAUGGACGAGUACAACUUCUUCCUGCGUGGUGGCGUGGUUCUGGAUCGAGAAGGCCAGAUGGACAACCCAUGUACUAGCUGGUUAGCAGACGCCUACUGGGAUAACAUCACAGAGCUGGACAAACUGACCAACUUCCAUGGUCUCAUGAACUCCUUUGAGCAGUACCCUCGGGACUGGCACCUGUGGUAUACCAACUCAGCCCCCGAGAAGGCCAUGCUGCCAGGUGAGUGGGAAAAUGCCUGCAAUGAGAUGCAGCGGAUGCUGAUUGUCCGCUCCCUGCGCCAGGACCGAGUGGCAUUCUGUGUUACUUCGUUCAUCGUCUCCAACCUUGGCUCUCGAUUCAUUGAACCGCCUGUGCUAAACAUGAAACUGGUGAUGGAGGAUUCUACCCCACGAUCCCCACUGGUAUUCAUCCUGUCUCCUGGUGUGGACCCCACCAGCGCUCUGCUUCAACUGGCAGAACACACAGGCAUGGCCCAGCGCUUCCAUGCCCUGUCCUUGGGCCAGGGUCAGGCUCCCAUUGCUGCUCGUCUCCUACGAGAUGGUGUGAUGCAGGGGCACUGGGUGUUCCUGGCAAACUGCCACCUGUCCCUGUCAUGGAUGCCUAAUCUGGACAAGCUGGUGGAGCAGCUGCAAGUGGAGGACCCUCACCCUUCCUUCCGUCUCUGGCUCAGCUCUAGUCCUCACCCAGACUUCCCAAUCUCCAUCCUGCAGGCCAGCAUCAAAAUGACCACAGAGCCACCAAAGGGUCUGAAGGCCAACAUGACACGGCUGUAUCAGCUGAUGACGGAACCACAGUUCACGCGCUGCUCCAAGCCUGCCAAGUAUAAGAAGCUGCUGUUUGCGCUCUGCUUCUUCCACUCUAUAUUACUUGAACGCAAAAAGUUCUUGCAGCUUGGCUGGAAUAUCAUCUAUGGCUUCAACGACUCUGACUUCGAGGUGUCAGAGAACCUGCUGAGCCUCUAUCUGGAUGAGUAUGAGGAGACACCCUGGGAUGCACUCAAAUAUCUCAUCGCCGGCGUCAACUAUGGUGGCCAUGUCACAGAUGACUGGGACCGGCGCCUUCUCACCACUUACAUCAAUGAUUAUUUCUGUGACCAGAGUCUAACAACUCCCUCCUACCGGUUGUCCGUAUUGGACACUUAUUUCAUCCCGAAGGAUGGGAGUUUGGCCUCCUACAAAGAAUAUAUCAGCUUGCUACCCAGCAUGGACCCCCCUGAGGCCUUUGGCCAGCAUCCCAAUGCUGAUGUGGCCUCCCAGAUCACUGAGGCCCGGACCCUCUUUGAGACUCUGCUUUCCCUGCAACCCCAAAUCACACCCACCAGGAUUGGCGGCCAGAGCCGAGAGGAGAAGGUCCUUGAGCUAGCUGCCGACGUGAAGCAGAAGAUCCCUGAGAUGAUUGACUAUGAGGGGACCCGAAAGUUGCUGGCUCUUGACCCCUCCCCGCUCAAUGUGGUCCUCCUGCAAGAGAUCCAGAGAUACAACAAACUGAUGAGGACCAUCUUGUUUUCCCUGACAGACUUAGAGAAGGGCAUCCAGGGCCUCAUCGUCAUGUCAACAAGCCUGGAAGAGAUUUUCAAUUGCAUCUUUGAUGCCCAUGUUCCUCCGCUCUGGGGAAAGGCAUAUCCCUCACAAAAGCCUUUGGCUUCAUGGACCCGGGACCUGGCUAUGCGUGUGGAGCAGUUUGAGCUGUGGGCCAGUCGAGCCCACCCUCCUGUGAUCUUCUGGCUGUCUGGCUUCACUUUCCCCACUGGCUUCCUUACUGCUGUUCUGCAGUCCUCAGCUCGCCAAAACAAUAUUUCAGUGGACUGCCUCUCUUGGGAGUUUAUAGUUUCCACUGUGGAUGACAGCAACCUGGUGUAUCCACCCAAGGACGGUGUCUGGGUUCGGGGUCUGUACCUGGAGGGAGCUGGCUGGGACCGAAAGAACUCUUGUUUAGUGGAGGCAGAGCCCAUGCAGCUGGUCUGUCUUAUGCCCACGAUCCACUUCCGUCCAGCAGAAAGCCGCAAGAAAAGUGCCAAGGGCAUGUACUCCUGUCCCUGCUAUUACUAUCCCAACCGUGCAGGCAGCACAGAUCGGGCCUCCUUUGUCAUAGGCAUCGAUCUCCGAUCUGGAGCCAUGACAUCUGACCACUGGAUUAAGAGGGGCACGGCUCUACUGAUGAGCCUGGACAACUGAUGAGCGCGCCCUUCUUCUUUCCUGCUUGAGAGGGUCGGGAGCCUUAAGACUUUGUCCUAAAACUGGAUCUCAGACUUUAUCCUAGCUGAAUCCAGUAUAUAAUGGCGCCCUGAAGGUACCUAGUGGUGCUAGCCGUAAAGGUGGAACACUUGUAUUGAAGUUCAGCACAGUAAAACACGUGCAAACCCAA